AUGGCAAUGGAAUAUAUCAAUUACAUCAAGGCCAAGGCCCAUCUCGCAACGGCACGCAAGUCAGACACACCCGUGCUCUCUGAGGAGGAUGAGGAGUUCCUGGAUCGUAUUGUAUCUCAAGAAAAUCCCCCUCCACUCCCAGUCCGGCCAGGGGCGCUGGCUGUCGGCAAGGAUGCACAGAUCGCCCUGAUGGACGGAGCCCAGAACAUUCCCCUGCCUCCCGAGACUCCAAAUGAACUGAGCGAAGAACCUUCCAUAAUCCAAGGAGAUACAAAGGGGCCGACAGAGGAUGCUCCAUCCAGAUCCAGGGCCACGUGGAGCUGGCUUAGACGGGACAGCCGAGACGCCAAGCGCCAAAAGAACGAAGCCACUGCGGCUGGCUUAGAAGACAUCGCUGCGAGUCUUAGAAAGCGCGAGUUGGAAGACAGCGAGGAAGAAAAACAGGCCAAGCAGGAGGAAGAGGACAUGACCAUCGUGCUGGAACGGCUCAACCUGGCAGCAGUCAAUAACCGCGUCUUCUCCAUCAGUGACGAAACGCAAGAAUUGCUACAGAAGUUCAAUCUGAUCUUCAAAGAUCUGGUCAACGGCGUGCCGACCGCAUACGACGACUUGGAAAAGUUGCUGACGAAUGGCGACCGACAGUUGCAGAAGACUUUCAAUUCACUGCCCAGCUUUCUGCAGAAGCUCAUCGAGAAACUCCCUGAGACCAUGACCAAGGGUUUCGCGCCUGAAAUGAUGGCAGCCGCCACGGAGAGGGCUCAGAAGAGCGGCGUCAAUAUGGAGAACGCAGGCAAGGCCGCUGCAGCGGCGAAGAAGAUGGGAUUCAAGACACCGUCCUUGAAGGAAUUGGUGGGUAAGCCAACCGCCAUUACAGCAGCACUCAGGUCAAUCAUGAACUAUCUCCGGGCGCGGUUCCCAGCUUUCAUGGGUAUGAAUGUGCUGUGGUCACUGGCACUGUUUGUGCUACUCUUUGUCUUCUGGUAUUGUCAUAAACGCGGUCGAGAGGUCCGGCUGGAAAAGGAACGCAAGCUCACGGAAGAGGAGGUGCAGAAGCUGGACGUUGACUACAAGGCAGAUCAUCCCGAUGAAUAUCCGACGACGACUGCCGAGAAAGGGGCUUCUAUCAAAGAUGUGCAGGCUGGCAUGGAAGAGGUUCAGGCCGCAAAGAAAGCGGUGGAGGUGGCAGACCAGCCUGUGGAAGUGGAGCCCAAGGUGGUUCCUCCCACGACCGCGGCAGCGUCAUGA